UCUUAACUACAAUUAGUGCAGAAGCUUUUUGAAUCUCAAAAUAAUGGAAACUUAGAUUCACAUAGACAAUAUCAUACUAUCGUGAAAAACAGAGAGACUCAUUAUCUCGACAUAGCUGUAUAAAAGUCGGCAACUGAUUAUAAACAAACAAAGUAGAGGCAUGUUGCUUUCAGGAACAAAACUAUCAUCCGACGUCACACUACCUUCCCAUGCAAUAAGAAAGCCUUUAUUAUAUAUGCAUAUUAAACUGAAUCAUCGCUUGUAACUAUUAUCGAGUAUACUGCCCCACGACACCAGUAGAUCCUAGCAAAAUUAUAUGGUAUGCUUGAUGUUGAUCUCUUCAUUUGAGUUCUAAUUGAGUUCGAUCAACCAUUUUUGUUCCAUUUGCUGAUCUCGUAAGUUGCAUAAUUUAACUGCUUGUCGAUUUCAAUGCAGGAGAAGUUUGAGGUAGUUGAAGGAAAGGUGGACUGGAAGGCAAGAUCAGCUUUCAAACACAAACAUGGAGGAACCAGAUCAUCUUUUCUCAUACUAGUUGCAUUUGGUUUCGAGAAUCUGGCGAAUUUUGCGCUUGCAGUGAACUUGAUUACGUAUUUCAAUUCUGUGAUGCACUUUGAACUAGCCGAUGCGGCCAACCAGCUGACAAAUUACUUGGGUACCGGUUACAUUAUCUCUAUUCUGAUGGCUAUUCUCGCAGACACAUACUUGGGCAGAGUCAAAACCGUCAUCAUUUCCGGCUGCCUCGAGUUUCUGGCGCUAAUAUUGCUCAUGAUACAAGCUCACUACCCAAAGCUCAAGCCACCGCCUUGUAAUAUGUUUGAUAAACAGUCCCACUGCGAGACAGUUGAAGGCGGAAACGCUGCCCUCCUCUAUGUUGCUCUCUACAUAUUGGCCAUUGGUACUGCAGGAAUUAAGGCCGCAUUACCAUCACAUCGUGCUGAUCAAUUUGAUGAAAAGGACCCCAAGGAAGCAAUGCAAAUGUCCAGCUUCUUCAACCACCUCUUGCUCGGAGUGUGCCUCGGUGGUGCUGUUAGUUUAACUCUAAUUGUGUGGAUCCAAGACUAUAAAGGUUGGGACUGGGGUUUAGGGGUAUCUUCUGCAGCCAUCUUCUUCAGCGUGGUCAUAUUUGUCGCUGGAAUACCCCUGUAUCGGAUGCAUAUUAUUUCUGGAUCUAGUGCAAUAGUCCAAAUUCUACAGGUCUAUGGUGCAGCCAUUCGUAAUAGAAACCUUGUUCUCCCUGAAGACUCUGCAGAUCUCUAUGAGACUGUCAGGGACAAGGAGGCUGCUACGGAAGAAGACUUUCUGCCUCAUAGAAACAUUUACAGGUUUCUAGACAAAGCGGCAAUUCAACAAACACCUUCAGGGCAAGUUGAAACGCCCGAAGCUUCAAAUCCUUGGAAAUUAUGCAGAGUCACCCAAGUAGAGAAUGCGAAAAUAAUUCUGAGUAUGGUACCAAUAUUCUGCUGCACAAUUGUAAUGACCCUCUGUUUGGCUCAGCUCCAAACCUUCUCCAUCCAACAAGGGCUCACCAUGGACACAAAACUCACCAAUUCUUUCCACAUCCCCCCCGCCUCGCUCCCCAUCAUCCCAGUCUCCUUCAUCAUCCUCAUAGUUCCAAUCUACGACAGGAUUUUCGUACCUUUUGCGCGAAAGCUCACGGGCAUCCCCACCGGAAUCACCCACUUGCAACGAGUAGGGGUGGGAUUGGUUCUGUCGAGCAUGUCCAUGGCCGUCGCGGCGCUAAUGGAAGUGAAGCGCAAGGGCGUGGCGAGAGACCACAACAUGCUGGACGCAACCCCUGUAUCGCAGCCAUUGCCAAUCAGCACGUUCUGGCUAUCCUUUCAGUUCUUCAUAUUCGGAAUCGCAGAUCUGUUCACGUACGUGGGACUUCUGGAAUUCUUCUACUCCGAGGCGCCGAAAGCCCUGAAAUCCGUGUCCACUUGCUUCCUGUGGAGUUCGAUGGCCUUGGGCUACUUCUUGAGCACCAUAGUUGUGAAGGUUGUGAACAGUGUUACGAAGGGGAUUACAAGCAGUGGAGGCUGGUUGAUUGGAAACAACAUUAAUCGGAACCAUCUGAACCUCUUCUACUGGCUGCUUUCAAUCUUGAGCUUGAUCAACUUCUCGAUCUAUUUAUUUGUUGCAAAGAGAUACAAAUACAGAAACCAUAAUAAGCCCGCCAUCUCCGAUGCUGACAAUAGGAAGCCAUGAGAGACAGGUUAAAAAACACUUUCUUCCUCCA